UUGCAAUGUCCAAAAUAAGCAAAUUUAGCCACAGCAUAUUCAUUGUAGGCUUCGGUAAGACUACAUCAGGCAUGUAAACAGUAAUUAGGACCGGAUUAGCCAUUAUUGAGAGCUCAAUAGCAGUUCAGUUUAACAUUUCGUUUUGAUCAUUUUGGUACUUGCUGAUUUAAUAAAGAUUGUAAAUGAGGACGAGGACGUUUGUGGACUUGCUGAUGUAGAGGGAAGCUUUCAAAGACUUUUAAAAGUCACGUUGUUUCAUGUAAUGUAAGAAAAAGUUUUCAGUGUUCGAGGUGAACGUUUUGGCCAUGGGUCAGCGCCUGAGCGAAGAAGGUAACCCAGACAAGGAAAUUGAUGUUGCGGAGCUGCAAGAGUGGUAUAAAAAGUUUGUUGUUGAGUGUCCAAGUGGAACUCUCUUCAUGCACGAGUUCAAAGGUUUCUUUGGUGUGACGGAGAACAAGGAGGCCGCAGACUACAUUGAAAAUAUGUUUCGGGCCUUCGACAAGAAUGGGGAUAACACCAUUGAUUUCCUGGAGUAUGUGGCAGCCUUGAACUUAGUCCUGAGAGGUAAACUGGAGCACAAGCUCAAAUGGACGUUCAAAAUGUACGACAAGGAUGGAAGCGGAUGCAUUGAUAAAACAGAGCUUCUUGAAAUAGUGGAGUCUAUUUAUCGACUGAAGAAAGCCUGCCAUGGAGAGCUUGAUGAAGAGUGCCAUUUGCUGACCCCAGACCAAGUGGUCGACCGCAUAUUUGAGCUGGUUGAUGAAAAUGGAGAUGGGGAGCUCUCUCUGGACGAGUUCAUUGAUGGAGCAAGGAGGGACAAGUGGGUCAUGAAGAUGUUGCAGAUGGACGUCAACCCCGGGGACUGGAUCAAUGAGCGCAGACGCAGUGCUGAUUUUUAACUAGAUCAUGGACUGUCAAUCUGCCUCAUGUACACAUCCUUCAUGUGCAAAUAUGUGGUGAUUUUUAUCUGGCUUAUAUCAAAAUAAAC